AUGGCCGCCAUUCUUGGGGCCAUCUUACUGUCUUUUUUAACCCUUCGCGCCAACGCCGCAGACUGUACGACGGCCACUGUUGGCGCUCCGUACAGUAACUGCUGGGAUAUCUCGGUCGCUGCCCAAAUCAACCUUGACCAGCUCCUGCAGUUUAACCCUGGAUUGGACUGUGGUACCCUUCAGAUUGGUCAAAAGCUGUGCAUCACUGCUGGAGAUCUGCCAACCACGACACCGCAACCCAACCCAGAUGGAUCCUGUCAAACAUACAAGACAGUGGCAGGUGACUACUGCGCACUCAUUGGAACGCAGUUUGGUAUUACUGCUGCCCAGAUCGAGCAAUUUAAUGUCAACACCUACAAAUGGAGAGGUUGCGCUAACUUGCAGCUCGACUAUACUCUCUGCGUUUCGCCUGGUACCCCUCCUCCCAUUCCGGUGAAUCCCAACCUGCAAUGUGGUCCCGAAUCCCCUGGGGCUGCCGAGUGUCCUCUAAAAGCCUGCUGCUCUGCCUUCGGUUUCUGCGGUGUGACGGACGAAUUCUGUGAACCAGCUCCGAAUGGCGAACCAUGUAUCUCAAACUGCGGCAAACCGACACUCCCUUCUUGCGACGGUAGCCAGCUCACCCGAAUGGUUGGCUAUUACGCUGGUUGGGCCGCCACACGAGGAUGCAACCCCGUCGGCGUGCCUCAACUCGUCCUGACUGGAUUUACCCAUGUCAUAUACUCCUUCGCUGAAAUUCGUCCAGACAUGACCAUCGGGUUCGAAAACCCUUCGGACUACCCUCGUUUGCAGGAACUGGUGACUAAGGCUGCGACUACUUCUACAAAGGUCCUCGUCGCCGUCGGCGGUUGGACAUUCUCGCAAGGCGCCACGAAAGAUCGUUUCUCAACGAUGAUUGAAAGCGCCGCUAACCGUGCCGCCUUCACCGCGUCUUGCAACCAGUUCAUCAACCAAUACAACGUUGCUGGCAUCGACAUCGACUUUGAGUAUCCCGCAUCCGUUGAACGUCAGGGGCCGCCGAGCGACACUCCCAAUCUCACCACGUUUUUCAGAGAAUUCCGCGCGGGUCUUGGGUCAUCGCGCACGAUAACUAUCGCGACCCCUGCCGGAUAUUGGUUCUUGAAAGGCUUUGAGAUGGACCAGAUCGCGCCGAACCUCGAUUUCAUCAACAUGAUGAGUUACGACUAUCAUGGGCCAUGGGACGCAACUAUCCCCAGUGAGGACGGAACCGCAAAACCUCAGAGUUCCGUCCUGGACAUGAUUGACAGCACCCUCCUCUAUGUCAAAGCUGGCGUCAACAUGAACAAAGUCAACCUCGGCCUCGCAUGGUACGGAAGGACAUACAAACUUCUCGACCCGACGUGUACGGGCUAUGGUUGUGAUAUGACUGGUGGAGGAAAUGUUGGUCGCUGCACGGGCGAAAGCGGUAUUCUUGCUAAUUUCGAGAUUGACAACAUCAUGCUCGAUGCCGAUAUCCGUCCGGUCCUUGAUAGGGCCUCUCAAACACGCUGGUUUAACUACAACGGCGAUCUUAUCACCUUUGACGAUGAGGGAACCUGGGCUGCCAAGACUCAGUUUGCCAAAGACCGCUGUUUUGGAGGGACCAUGGUUUGGUCCAUCGACCAAGAAAUCCCCAAAUCAAAUGCUCUCCCAGGAACGAAUCUUCCCGUCGUUCUUGCUAGUAUCUCUCUCAACACGAAAUGGGAGGUGCCGAAGGCGGGCACCUGCAGGAGCUACGGCGAACGAGUCUGGUCAUCGCGACUUUGGGACAUUCCUAGUGGAAUGGAUUGGGUUCAAGCUUGUCGGCAGAGUCCGUUGAUUUGGGACAACAAAAACUUCGGUCUUCCCGAUGAAUGUGACGAUCAGGGCUUCCUGGGUGGCGUCAUUGGCAGGUGGUACUAUUCCAGUAACGACGAAUACUGCAGGCCGCACUGGGGUUCCAACGCCGACGACGGAUGCCUCGCUCAUGGUGUACGCAAGUGGUAUAGCCGACUGUGGGACGUCAGCAGCGGUGUCGACUGGAUGACCAUGUGCCGUUCAACACCGAAUGUCGUCAAUGGGAUGACUUACUUAGGGCCCACGUAUUGCGACGAUAAAGCCGUGCUCGGCGCGUGGGGAGUCUGGGAGGUCGAGGAUGAGUCGUGCAUGGGAUCGUGGGGCAAUCUCAAGGACAACGGGUGCGCUGAUACCGUUGGAAAGCGCGAAUGGUCGAGCAAACUGUUCGACGUCGUCGGGUCUUGGGAGUUUGCCUGCGAGAAUCGGGAGACAGUCAUCGAGGACGAAUAUUUCCCGAAGGCCACACGAUGCGAGAAGCACAUCACUGGUGUCUGGGGUAUAUUCGAAACACAAGAUAUUACGUGCGGCGUUCCUCCUUGCCCGAACGACAAGACAUGGGAUUACAGCGUAGGAGCCUGUAUGGACUGCGGUGGGAGCAGUAGGCUCAUGUCUGUGACUCGCGAGGUGUCCCCAGAACGCAAUUCAACCCUUCCUUCAGCUAUCGGACAUUCUAGCUUUUCUCGCGUCAAGACGCACCAGAGGGUUACGUCUAAUUUCACCCUCGUCCCGAGGUCGUCUCUCGAGAAACGCGUGAAAUACUGCGACGCCUUCUGGCUUCCACGCCCUACGCCUAGGUACUUCCCUCAAUUCCCAGACACCUGGACGGAUCCAGCGCGAGCCGAAGGUCCCUCUGCAGCAGAUAUUGCUGCGUCUGCGACAGCACAGCAAGCAUUCCAGGAAGCUUGGAAUGAUUCCUUCCCAACGCCUACUACAGCUCGUGAAGUGGGAGGAUGGAUCUACGCCGACCCGGAGAACCCCAAUCGUAUUUUCAUCCGCCGUGCACCAGCCAAUCGCGCGGGAACCUUCAACCAGAUUCGGGUCCCCCCAGCAGGAACGCGCAUCUCUAUCGACUUGAAUAAUCCCGCCGGUGCCACUGGGAGACCUCCUCCUGCAGGCUGGGUCCUUGUCGCGAACUUCCAUACCCACCCCCCGAGUGAACACUGGGGUGAGAACAGCGAUAAUCCGUCGACGGCUGACCAGCUUAAUGCCUGGGCACGUGGUGUACCCGGAAUCAUUAUUUCCAACAAUGGCCUGCGUGCAUAUGGUCCUUCUCGCCGCUCCCAAAUGAACGCCCCGCCAGGUUAUCCCAUGGGCAAUGAGGAGUACAAUGGCCAGAACUCUGCUGGUACCCGUGUCGGUGGAAACUGGGCCCCGCAACGCGCUCCCAACCAGCAGCGCCCGUAA